UCUCUCUGUCUCUCUCAGUCUAUGUCACAUUCUAACUCCUCUGUUACUAUCUCCAAGUUUCUUCUGUAGGUCCCGUGGAGUGACACAGAUGGGGGUUACAAUGAAAGGAGAAGGGAAGGGUGUGAUGAAAUCCAAAAUGAAGUGUGUGGGCUUGAUUGGGCUCGUUCUAUCGGCGUUUUCUCUGUUUGUGCACUUUUUGCUUGCGAGAUUCACUGAUAAGGGCAUUGCGGAAUAUCAAUCUUCAAUCACAAUCUUCUCCUGGAGACCAACUUUUGAAUCUUAUGACUUGGCCAUAACUAGUCCAUUGUAUAGACGAUUAUGGGGUCCAGUGAAGCAUCUUGAACCUUUACUUCCAGAUGCAAAUCCCAGAACAUACUAUGAUGAUCCAAGUUCACAAACAACUGGGUUUAUUUUUGUCAAGAUACAAGGAGGUUUCCAUGAGAUCAGGAACUCUAUAAGUGAUGUGGUUGCGGUUUCUCGUUUUCUAAAUGCUACCUUAGUUAUUCCUGAGAUUCUAUCGACAACUAGCAGCAAAGGAAUAAGCUCACAAUUCAAGAGUUUUGCCUAUCUCUAUGAUGUGGACCAAUUCAUGAUAACCCUAGAAAAAGAUGUCAAGAUGGUGAAAACCCUUCCAAAAAACCUUAAAGGUGCAAGGAGAAAGAAGGAGAUCCCAGUAUUUAAAGUUCCGUACUCCGCUUCGCCUUAUUAUUAUUUGCAACAUGUUCUCCCAGUAUUGAAUAAGCAUUCAGUUGUUGAACUAGUUGUCGGAGAUGGUGGAUGCUUGCAGGACACCCUUCCUCCUCAUUUUGAGGAAUACCAAAGGCUAAGAUGUAGGGUUGCUUUCCACGCCUUACAGUUCAGACAGGAGGUCCUGGAACUUGCUCAGAGAGUCCUGCAGAGAUUACGAUCUCCAGGCCGUCCAUAUAUAGCUUUUGAUCCUGGGAUGACUCGAGAUGCUUUGGCAUAUCAUGGUUGUGCCAAACUUUUUCAGGAUGUGCAUACUGAACUCAUUCAGCACAAGCGAUCUUGGAUGAUGAAACGUGGGAUUGUAAAGGGCAAGCUGUCUGUAAAUUCAGAGGACCAGCGCCUUAAUGGAUCUUGUCCAUUGAUGCCGGAAGAGAUUGGCAUUAUUCUUCGUGCAUAUGGAUACUCAAGGGACACAAUUAUAUAUGUAUCCGGUGGUGAAGUUUUCGGUGGACAAAGAACACUAAUUCCUCUUCGUGCAAUGUUUGAGAAUGUUAUUGAUAGAUCUUCUCUCACAAUGGGGUGGGAGCUUAGUAGAAUUUAUGGUCGUGAGGCUAACCUCGAAAGCUAUCCAAAAUCUCCACCUUCCGUUGUGGAAGAUAGGAAGGCUGUAGAGUGGAAAUUUGCGGGUCCAAGGCCUCGCCCACUUCCACCCCCUCCCGCCAGACCCAAAACUUACAACAUUGAAGGUUGGUGGGGUUGGGUUGCAGAGAGCAACAAUGAGCCUGAUAGUACAGUGAUUGAGCUGAGGACUAAUGCCCAUAAAUUACUAUGGGAAGCAAUUGAUUAUGUAAUUUGUGUUGAAGCUGAUGUAUUCAUCCCUGGAUUUGAUCGUGAUGGCAAGGGACGUCCAAAUUUUGCAAGUUUGAUCAUGGGGCACAGGCUUUAUCAGUCGGCUGCAUCUAAAACAUACAGACUGAACAGUCACUACAGGAAAGAGCUGGCAAAUCUUUUAGAAAAUAAUCAUCGUGAUUUGUACCAUGCAAAUCAUACAUGGUUGACCUCGAUACGUCGGCUUCUGACAAGAAGUUUAGUUAAUGGAUUAACAGAAGCAUCCAACGAAUCUAAGCCGUUAUCUUUUCUCUCACACCCAGUUCCUGAAUGUUCUUGCUUGAGGCGCGUUCCUGCUGAAAUGUCAUUUAAUUAUUCAAGUCCAACUCACAUUCAAGUUCAGGCUGCCCUUGGAGUUAGGAACCAUUGCCCUGCUUGGAUGGACCAUGGCUCGAUCUCACACUCAAAAGACAAGGAGACCGAAGAGGACAUCGAUGAAGAUGAUUCAUUGUCAUCAGGUUUAUUCUUUAAGUAUAAUAGUAGCCGUGAAAGCAUAGGUGAAGAAAUGAAUAAAGAGGAAGCUCAACUAGAUGACCAAGAUGAAGACGGUCGAGAAUAAUACGGAAAUAAGCUUUAUUGUGCUCGAGUACUGGUCUUUAGGAGCUGUAUAUAAUCAUUUGUUGAUUCUUGGAAUGGUCAGAAAGGACGUGGCUUCUGUGUCAAUGCGACGCAAGGAGAAGGAAAUUCACCCUAGAAAGUUGGCUCACAUCAGUAGGAAUUCAUCAGUUCAGGUACAAGUACGCAUCCAUAUUUAUGCUGGUUAUGUCAAGUAGUUAAAGCCUGCCUCCUUUUAAAGGAAAAAAAAAGUAUGAUGUUUAGCUUAACCCCAAAAUCAAUUUUGAUCUUCAGUAGCUUGCUUUCCAUUGUAUUGAGUUGUUUUAAGUAGAGGGCAGCACCUGCAGUUGAUGUAAGAUUGGUCAAAAGCCAAAGUGGGUAGAUAUUAUUAACCUUUGAUUGACUGUAUGGAUUCUUUUUGUGCUUGGCUGGAGAUGUCUGCUUAAACAUGACAAAGCACUCUAAUGGGAUUUUGUUCUCUCUUCCUCUC